AUGAAAUUCGGAACAGUGUGUGAUAUUUCAAUGGCGAUGCUAAUAUUUUCCUGUUUAGUGAGCCAAAAUCAGGGCCAAGUUCAACAGCAAGAGUGCAUGAACCAGCUUCAGCCUUGCUUGAAUUUCCUAAACAGCGAUCAGAAUCCACCCGACAGUUGCUGCAAUCCGCUGAGAUAUGUGAUCAAAUCGAUGCCGGAAUGCUUGUGCAGUUUGAUUACCAUCAAGGGUGCCAACCAAGCUGAACGUGCCGGGAUCAAUGUUACCGAGGCUCAAACGCUGCCCGGCAGAUGCGGUGAACGUAUCAACCCCAUCGGCUGCAUUACCGGUACACCCGAUACACAAUCAAGAAAUUCGGUUCCAAACUCCAGCAGCUCCUCAUUCAGAUUACCAGGAUUGAUUAAAGUAGUUGCUGCAUCAAUAGGAAUUCUCAUUCUAAAUCCGUUGUAG